CAGGAGAGGAGAGGAGCUCUGCGCAAAACCUGCUCUGCCUCAUAGCCCUGUCCCUGCCAAUGGCAGCCUCUACGCCAGAGUGAGGAAGAGGAGUAGUUACAAAGGAGGUGAUAUGUUUCCCCAGGCAACCAGCGGCCUUAUCCCCAAUGACCUCGCCUUGUCAGCCAGUAGGGAUUCAGGCCUCUCUAUUGCCUCCCAGUGGACAGGGGUUAUUACUGCAGUGAGCCCCGGGAGAGGGCCCAGUGAGGACGAACGUACCCAGCAAAGGAGUCUUCUAUCUGGGGUUGGCCUGGAGAACGCUCAGCCUCCUCUGGAAGACRUGACAAAGCUCCCAGUCUCCAGUAAUAGAGAGGGGAAGUUGGAYGGGGACAAGGAAGGCUUAGGGCAGCCUGUCAAUGAGGAGGCCUUGCUCAGCGAGAGGGAGACAGACAUCCUGGAUGAUGACGAGGUUAUCCCUGAGGCUAGCCCCGCCUUGGACAGGCAUAGCUCGGCUAGCAUUGGUUCAUUGUCCUCUGAGAGCCUGCCUGAAGCCCAGCAAUUGGUCCAGAGUGGAAGUGGAUACUCCACCCCCUCCACCUACACCACCCAAUCAUGGGUGCAGCAGCAGCAGACGGUCGACGCCCCAGAGGGGGAGGAGCAAAAAGACAGGGGGUGGGACAGCCCUGUGGAUACACCUCCUCUGAUUGGUCCAGACACCCUGUCAGUUCCAGACAUGCCCAAUACGGGGACCAGCAGAAGAGAGGCGGUGCAGAGACGAGUGGAGGGAGGGGAGGGGGUUGAGAGGUCGCCUGUGCAGAUGGACAGCAACAAACAUUCCACACACACCACAUAUGCCACACACACCACACAUGUCCAACACAGUACACAUGCYACACACACCACACACACCACACACACACCCUUACCCUCGGGGGAACCCUGUGGGGAGGAGGAGCUUGCCUCGUUAGCAACAGACAUGGAUGAGUCCAUCGAGCAGCUCAACCGGUUGAUCCUAGACCUGGACCCCACCUUCAUACCUGUCCCCACCCGACAUCCCGCCCUUCCCCUGUACCGCUCCGCCUCCCUCCACACCAAUGGGAUAAGCCAAACGACAACCCACGCCAACGCYAGCCAAUCAGGCUGGAAGCACAGACAGGCCAGUGAUGUCACAGAUUACCCAGGGUUCCAUAGUCCGGGUUGGAGCGGAGCCCAGACGUUCCAGAACUCUCUGAUCUUCAGGCCCAACCUCCUUCCCUCCCAGCGUGGCCGUCUCUACAGGAUGGACAGUGUGGACUAUGAAGGACAGACUCCAGUGACGGAGAGCUGUGACAUAGUCCCACCCACACCAGCAUUUCCUGUUUCUCCUCCAACACCCUAUGUGAAUAGUUUUCCAACUGUCUCUUACCUGAGGCAUAGCAAGGGACAGUGGGAGAUGAGCAGAACAUCACAAGAUUCCCGAAGUUUCCUGGACAGUAGUAUGAACCAAACUCCAGCCUCGUCGAAUGGAGAGCUUUUCUGCUCGGAAGUGUCCUUCACUCCUGCCACCUGUCAGAGAAUGUUCGGAUCCAUGCACACUGUAUCGUCAAGGAGCACCCUCCCACACACAAACAGCCAAACCCCACCUCCGGUGUGGCUGGACAGGACUCCUAUGUCCCUGUCCUCCCCAUUCCUCCCCCCUUCCUCUUCCUCUCUUUCUCCCCUCAGCCUCCUCAAUGCGCACAGAUCUCCCCUGGGGGCCCAGAGGGACCAGAGCCGGGGUGAGAGCCGGGGUGAGAGGAACCAGGGUGCCCAAAGCCAGGGGGAUUUAGUCUCUCUGCUGCUGGGGAAUGGACAUCUUGGUCUGGAGGAUAGCCUGUUGGAAGCUGUGGAGGGGCUGGGGGGCCUGGAUCUAGGCCUGGGGCUUGGAGAGGGUGGACUGACAGGACUGCCACCCGUGCUGCCUGAGAAGACGGUACCAGGGCUGGCUGGGUCCCGGUCCCCCUCUCUCAGUGGAUUAUCCAGCCCCCACAGUGGUAGUAGUCUCAGCAUCCCCUUCCCCUCAGCCAUGACCCCAGCCCCUUUCAGAGGACUCAGCCCUGGUGGUGGUGGAGCCCCUUUGUCUGGAUCAGACCCGUUUUCCAGUAAGCAGGACAAUGUGAAGUUUGUUCAGGACACUUCCAAAUUCUGGUACAAGCCUGACAUCUCCAGAGAUCAAGCCAUCGGUGUGUUGAAGGACAGAGAACCUGGAUCCUUCAUCGUCAGGGACAGUCACUCGUUCCGCGGAGCCUACGGAUUGGCUAUGAAGGUGGCCACACCCCCUCCCUCUGUCCUGACACAGAGCAAGAAAGUGGGUGGCGACCUAUCCAAUGAACUGGUUAGGCACUUCCUGAUUGAGUGCACACAGAAAGGGGUGCAGCUUAAGGGCUGUCCCAAUGAACCCUACUUUGGAAGUCUGACUGCGUUGGUCUGUCAACAUUCCAUUACSCCUUUGGCCCUGCCCUGUAAACUCAUCAUCCCCGAAAGAGAGACAAGUGAUCCAUCAACACAGUCACGCUGGGUACAACCCUUCCUGGUGCUGCCUGGGGAGCGCUUCCUUGCACUUAUGAAGCGAGGGAGCAGCUGGGGGCUCACACUGGUGCACAUCCGUUUGUUACCCAAAGCGCCUUAUACCAACCCACGCCAUCUGCGAGCCUGUCAUUGCGCUCAGUCGCUGGCCCUCGCUACAUAUUCGUACGCCAGACCCCACUGGCUCCCCAGUUACGACAGAUAUUGUAUACCUACACUACAACGUACUCACCCCUCACUGUCUCUCUCUGUCUGUAGGCUGUUCUUCAGGAGACACUACACCGUCAAUACCGUCAUUUUCUGUGCCCUUGACCCACAGGACCGCAAGUGGACAAGAGAUGGCUGCUCCUCUGCUAAGAUCUUUGGUUUUGUGGCGAGGAAGUCGAUGAGUGGGACGGAGAAUGUGUGUCACCUGUUUGCUGAACACGACCCCGAACAACCUGCCAGUGCCAUCGUCAACUUCGUCUCCAAGGUGAUGAUUGGAUCACUGAAGAAAUAAGACUUGGACACACACACAGACACACACCACACACACACACAUACACACACUCACACACACACAGCACCACACACAUACAGUUUGUCCUGCUGGUACAUACUGCACUYAAAUGCCGAUGUAGAGAAGACGAAUGUGUUGCAUUAUGGCAAACUACCAGCAGAGGGCAGCACAGUAGCAACAUCUUUACCCUGCCACCAGGGGUGUAGGGUGACAUUUCCCUUAGACGCUGGUCAGUUUUUGCAUUUCCCCCACUUAUGGUUAAGAUUAGGUGAGGGGAAAUCUGAACUGAUCAAAGAUCUGUUCCUAGAGGAAACUUGACCCUGAAGUGCAUCGAGGACUUAACCUUCUCAAGAAAACCAAUGCUUAUAUUAAUGAAGUCUGCUUAUCAGAUGAGGCUGAUGGGCAGAGAUCAUUGUAAUGGCUGGAAUGUACGGUAUCAAACACAUGGUUACAAUGGUCCCGCCCUCAUAUAUUGACGCCCACCAACCACCACUGAUAUUUAUGUAUAUGAUCUGGAUGUCAUUGUAAAGGGAGGGAAUCUGUCAUGUAUGUUAGUGUUUUUAGGACAUUUUUUCARCAACUUUAUUUGUUUAACUGUAAUCUAUAUGAUAUUACCCUAUAAUCACACGGCAUUACUAGUCUGGCUUUACCUGCCAUGCCGAGUAAAAGGCUUUCAACAAUGAAAAGGGUCACUUUCAAUCACUUCAGCCAAUCCUUUUUCUCAUAUCAUCAGUGAAACAUAGGAUACUCUACAAUCCAGUGCUUGACUUGGGCCGGAACACACCAAUAUAAACGGUACCGGCACCUAAAAUGAGUACCGACACCCAAAAGGAUUUCAGUCAAGCACUGCUACAACUGGGUUUGUUUAGCAUCAACUUAAUAGUUAAGCCCCACCAUGGAGUAGCACCAUAUCAUAGAGUUUAAGAUUAAAGCUAGAGCACUGAUGUCUUAGACAAAUCAGACCACACUGAUCGGUUCAAAUUAGCGAGUGACCGUUCUAUUGUAUGACAACAGAGUAUCGUCUGCAAUUUUUUUUAUUCAUCUCCUGACAAUACUACAUGUUGAAUCGUCUCCGUUCGUCGACACCCAGCAGGCAUCUUCUGCGUACAGCACACGUUUGUUAUAUUAGACAAAAGCGUGUAUCUGGUGUCCCUUUCAACAGAUAUUAACAGAUUUUAAAAGAUGUGGUUUUAUACAUUGGCUGAAAUAUUUAUAAUGGAUGUGCGUAUGUUUUUAUAAAUACUUAUGUCUUUGAAAACAUAAUUGUCUGUAUAUUUAACAWUAUACAUUGUGUUUGAAAGAUGAAUAACUCUGAGGAGACAUGAAACAGUGCAACAUGUUGUUGUAAGGAGUACUAUGAUUACUGUCUUGUUCUUGUGAGGAAAUGUGGGUCCCAAAUGGCAUAUGUAGUGCACUGCAGUAGUGUACCUCUGGUCAAAUGUAGUGCACUAUAUUGGAAAUAAGCUCCCAUUUGGGAUGUACCCGAAGUCUCUUCCUUGUCGUAUUGUUGGAGAGUCGAUGGACUCAGGGAACUGUUUUCCAUACUCACAUGUUUCUGUGAUCCAUGUCUCCUACUUCUGUGUUUUCCUGAGUUUUCUAGCCCAAGAGCAUAACUUGAGUACUCUAUUGCACAUGAGGUUGGUGGCACCUUUUAAUUGGGGAGGACAGGCUACUGGUAAUGGCUGGAGUSGAAUUGUAUCAAAUACAU